GGGAAUUUACCUAAAUAUUCCCAUAACUCCCUGAUGGUUCAAGCUAUAAAGACCAACUUAACAGAUCCAGAUAUCCACGUGCUCUUCUUUGACGUGGAAGCCCUGAUUAUCCAGCUCCUGACGGAAGAGGCCUCCAGACCCAACACUGCCCUCAUUUCUCCCGAAAAUUUACAGAAAGCCUCCGGCGGCUCCGACAAAGGAGGUUCCUUCUUGACUGGUAAACGAGCAGCAGUCCUCUUCCAGCAGGUCAAGGAAACGAUCAAAGAGAAUAUAAAAGAGCAUCUUCUUGAUGAUGAAGAUGAGGAUGAAGAAGCGGUACGACAGAGGAGAGAAGACGGUGACCCGGAAUAUCGCUCUAGCAAAUCUAAACCGUUAACUUUAUUAGAAUAUAAUCUAACCAUGGAUACAGCAAAGCUUUUUAUGUCCUGUCUUCAUGCCUGGGGUCUGAAUUCUGUUCUAGAUAAGCUUUGCCUCGAUCGCCUUGGGAUGCUUAAGCCCCACUGCUCGGUGUCCUUCGGCCUCCUGUCUAGAGGAGGCCACAUGUCCCUGAUGCUCCCCGGUUACAACCAGCCCGUCGGCAAAGCGUCCCGUGAUGGUGUGGAGUUAGGGAGGAAAAUGUCUGUUACAGAAGGACUGGGAAAGGGGACGUACGGGGUGUCGCGCGCCGUCACCACCCAGCAUCUCCUCUCCGUCAUCUCGUUGGCCAACACGCUCAUGAGUAUGACCAACGCCACCUUUAUCGGAGACCACAUGAAGAAAGGUCCCACCAGGCCACCUAGGCCAGGCACUCCUGAGAUGUCCAAGGUGAAGGCACCCCCUCCUGUGGCAAGUCCUGCAGCCCAAGGACAAAUUAAGCAAGUUGCUCCUGCUGUUUCUUCUAGCACUGAAGCUGGGCACUCUGGCUCUGACACUGCUCCUACUUUACAUACCUGUUUCUUAGUCAAUGAAGGGUGGAGCCAGCUGGCUGCUAUGCACUGCGUGAUGCUCCCGGACCUCUUGGGGCUGGAUAAAUUCCGACCUCCUCUUCUGGAGAUGCUGGCUCGCCGGUGGCAGGAUCGGUGCUUGGAGGUGAGAGAAGCUGCCCAGGCCCUGUUGCUGGCAGAACUGAGAAGAAUCGAGCAGGCAGGUCGGAAGGAGACCAUUGACGCGUGGGCUCCGUACUUACCGCAGUACAUCGACAGCGUUAUAUCACCUGGAGUAACCACGGAAGCCAUUCAGGCUGGCAGUGCAAGCCCAGAUUCCUUGGGAACAGAAGCAAAAGUUCAGGAAGAGGAGCAUGAUCUGGUUGACGAUGACAUCGCAGCAGGUUGUCUGUCUGGUCUCCCACAAAUGAAAAAAAUCUCCACGUCCUACGAAGAGCGACGGAAACAAGCCACGGCCAUCGUCCUGCUGGGCGUGAUCGGGGCCGAAUUCGGAGCGGAAAUCGAACCUCCAAAACUCCUCACUCGACCACGGAGUUCCAGUCAAAUUCCCGAGGGAUUUGGUUUGACUAGUGGUGGAUCAAAUUAUUCCUUGGCGAGGCAUACGUGCAAGGCGCUGACGUUCCUGCUGCUGCAGCCGCCCAGCCCCAAGCUACCCGCGCACAGCACCAUCCGCAGAACCGCCAUCGACCUCAUCGGCCGCGGCUUCACCGUCUGGGAGCCCUACAUGGACGUCUCCGCCGUGCUGAUGGGCCUCCUGGAGCUUUGCGCUGACGCGGAGAAGCAGCUUGCGAACAUCACAAUGGGGCUGCCCCUGAGCCCGGCCGCCGACUCGGCCCGCUCCGCGCGCCACGCGCUCUCCCUCCUCGCCCCGGUGCACCGGCACACCGCCCUGGCAGCCAACACGCAGUCUCAGCAGAACAUCCACACCACCACGCUCGCUCGGGCCAAAGGAGAGAUCCUGAGGGUCAUCGAGAUCCUCAUUGAGAAGAUGCCCACCGACGUCGUGGACCUGCUGGUGGAGGUUAUGGACAUCAUCAUGUAUUGCCUGGAAGGAUCUUUAGUUAAGAAAAAGGGCCUUCAGGAAUGCUUUCCAGCCAUCUGCAGGUGA